AUGGCGGAUUUCCCUGCUCUUCAGCAUGCUUUUACGAUCGAGGUCGAGGUCGGCGAACCGCUCGCCGUCGGUAGUGCCUCACGGACCAACCCCCUCCAGGUGGUGCCGAUGACCGGAGGGACCGUCAAGAGUGCCCCCGGGUUCGCUCCCGGCAUCGAUGCCGAGUUCGUCGGUGUCGGCAAUGAUUAUAUCCAUGCGGACCCGGAUACCAACCACGCCCGGCUGGAUGCCCACUCGGUUCUCAAAACUCAGGAUGGCGCCCUUCUCUAUCUUCACUACACCGGCGUUCUCACCCUCAGCCCCGUCGAAAAGGCUGUCCUAGGGGGCAAGGCGGAAGACGGGCCGACGCCCUUCGGGAACAUUUUCGCCCAUUUCAGAUUCGAGACUGGCGACGACCGCUAUCGCGAGCUGGAGAACCGGGUCUUCGUCGGGCAGGGCCGGUUCGUUGUGCGGACUGGGAAGCCGACAGUGGUGGAGUACCGGGUCAGCCAGGUCGUGCAAGGCUAA